UUAAACUGUAUGACAUAAAUUGAUUGAAACAUUUUAGCUUGUUUUUUCAACAAGGCAACAAACUCUUUUUACCACUAUACUAAUAAAUGGUCGGAACAUAUGACAGCAUAACAACCGCUAGUUCCAUUUUAAUGUGCUUACUCAUCAACAAUCAGUCCAACCUGUUCAGCAGCUCAGCAGUGCGCAUGUGACAGGUGUGGCUGUAACCGGCGAAUCGGUCGGUCAGACAAAAAGACGGAGAAAGCUUCAGUACGAUUCACGCUCACAGCGCACACCAUACUUCAGUGUUUUACCCCGAAGAAGAGAAAUGUGCAUCUUAGAACUACUGCAAAUUUGCUUUCCCAAAAUGACAGUUAAAUUAUUAAUGUACAACAAAAUUAAGCUAAAUCAAGAAGACCAAUGUGAUGAAGUGUCCACUGCUGCAAGUGAUCAGACAGCAGUGGAGUCAAGCUCAGCUUUAAUGCCAUCUCACCGCAAUACUUCACAGAAAUGGCGACCAAUAAGCAAGAGAUGGAGAGAAAAAAUAGAGAAGCUGAUUAGCACUGAUGGAAGCAGAAUGACCAGAGUUGGGAGCAUGAUUUAUGUGAAUGAUAAAGAGUUCCGCAUCGCGAAGGGCAGUGAUGGUACUGACGUCUUCUUGGGGCUGAGAGAUGAUGGCGCUGAGGUCGCUAUCAAGAGAAUGACUAAAAGCAAUUAUCAAACUCUGAUGAAUGAGUUGGGAUUUCUACGACUUCCUGAACUUGAUCAUCCAUUUAUUUUACGAUAUAUUGACUUUGCAGAGGAUGAGAACUUUGAAUAUCUUGGUCUUCAGCUUUGUGAAUACACCCUGGAAGAAUAUAUCACAAAAGAGUUGAGUUUAGAUAAAGAUGAAGAUAAGAAAGAUAAAAGAGAGGUGGAAAAGAAACUUGUCAAACAGGUUCUCCAGGGCUUAAAGGUGCUUCACUCUCACAACCCUCCAAUUCUCCACUGUGAUCUCAAACUACUGAAUGUUUUGAUUGAUGUUACCGGGAGGGUGAGAUUAGCUGAUUUUGGCAGUAGCAGACAGUUACCUGAAGACGCCAACAUACUAUAUGAGUGUAGCACUGAUAUACAGGUGGCGGGGAUGCUGAUUUAUCAUAUCCUUUCUGGAGGACACCAUCCUUUUGGCGACAAACCAUGUGAUGCUAAGGACAUUCAUAAAGGUUUGUACACGUUGGACCAUGUUGAAGAUGUGGUGGCAAAGGACCUCAUCAAGUGGAUGAUCAGUAAAGAACCAGAGAACAGACCCACAGUGGAACAAUGCUUGAAGCAUCCAUACUUCUGGGCCACUAAAAGGAAAGUUGAAUACUUGAUAAAGACUGGAAAAAGGGAGGAGGCAUCAAACUGCCGAAAUGCUGACCCAGAACUCAUUUGCUCAAUGGAACAAUAUGGAUCCUUCAGACAGUGGAAAAAUAAGCAGUUCCCAGCAGAGUUGGUCCAGAAAGUGGAGAAAUGGGCAAAGAAACCCUACCCUGACCACAUACUGGGAUUACUGCGCUUCAUCCGAAAUGCUCACGAGCACUAGUAAGUCAUGCAGGGCCUAAAAAUUACUUAAAUUAAAUUAGAUUAAAAACCUUUAUUUGACAGUAGAGAGACCCGAAAGGGAGAAAGAUCCAACUGGGGUCCACUGCGUUCCUGGCUCUAACAACUCGACUACCUGUGCACCCGACUAUAGUUACACUUUAUAAGCACUAGAAAAAUAAUUAUACACUGAAGAGAGCUAUAUGGUUUGGUUGUUUUAAAAGUCAACAAAGCAUAGCUUUAAGACACAUCUUAAUAAUUUCUAUUACAUUCCACUACAUGUCAGAGGUGUCUUUCACAAACCGUGUCUGCCAAACAUUUCUAUGACAGGUUUUUAAUACUUUGUAAUAAUAUGUUCCUUUUCCUUUGCAGUGCCAAGGAGGCAGAUCAAGUUGAUUUAAUGUCAACGUUUCCUGAUCUCUUUGGAAACGUUUUCAUAUUUGCCAAGGCACGGGGGUGGAAUUCAGAGCCCCCCUUGAAAGAAAUGUUUUAAAGAGACGAAAUCGAAACUAUUACAUACGCAAGAACUACUAUGGAAUAAGGCUGAAUAUCUGGAUAUGAACAUUCAAGAUAUUAACAUCGAAAAAGAAACAAUAUCGCCCCGCACGUACAGCUCUGGCAGUCACAACAAACGUGAUAUUUAUAAUUGCCCAUGAAUGCACCGCUAAGGCCAGCCAACGACAAACCUCAUUUCACGCAUGCUGUGGAUCAACAGCUAAAGCUACCUAAUGACAAACAUACGAGGGUGGGAGUGAGGAUGACGGACUCGCACAAACAACAAACAAAAUUUAGCGAUGUAUUCAGAUCAUUGGGGAAAGACGUGAAAUGUAUUAUUUGUGUAAAUGCUGAAGGCAUUCUAUAUAUAUCGUGUGUCAAUAAUAAACAAUAUUUAACCCCACAUUUGCAUAAAGUAAGCAUAUUUAUUGACUGACUUAGCUGAUCCUGAAAACUUAAAAAAUGUCCCUUUAAGGUACGUCUUUAACAGAUAAUAAAUGUGCGAUUCAUUACUGAUUAAUCACGAGCGAUUAAUUGUUAUUAAAUAUUUUGAUUGACAGCCCUAAUGAAAACAUUAGACAAUCUGACUCUAUUAAGGCCUUUAAAUCUAAAUUCAAAAUGUGUGUUUCUGACCUAACCUUUAAUUAAUCCCUGGCUUCAGUUGAUAGCUUCUUCAGUGGGUCAGUCUCAGUCUUAAUGAGUUAACUAUAGUAUUAGAAUUCACAUUGUCCUGCCAAUGAGAAACAAUUAAUGUUUAUUCUGAUAAACAUGCCAUUUCUCAACUUCUUUUUCUUUUCUUUUUUUUCCCCACGAGCUGCAAGCUUUGCCACUCUCUCAGGAGGAUAAAGCUCUCUAUAGCUUUAUCCUCCUUCUCCCCCUCCUCCUCUUUUUCCUCCUCCUCCU